GGGUGCGGGUUCUGGGAGGAUGCGGUGCGGAAUUCUCCGCGGGUGCGGGCACCGGGAGGAUGCGGUGCGGAAUUCUCCGCGGGUGCGGGCACCGGGAGGAUGCGGUGCGGGGCCGGGCAGCGGCGGUGGCCGCGGCACCUGCCCGGAGCGAUGGGGAGCAAAGCCCGCCCGGAGGGACGGAGCCGGCGGUGAGGAAUCAGCAGCGGCUCGGAAAUGUGAAAUAGAGCUGUGGAGAAAGGCAGAGGCUGUGCUGCGGGCGGUGCCGGGAGCUCCCGCGGAUAUUCACUCCCUGGGUAUCCCAUUCCACCACGUCCCGGAGCAGUUUGGACCUCUGACUGUCCGUGCAGGCUGAGAGCGGUCUGAUACUUCCUCUCAGGCAAAAUGAAUCAGGAGCAUUUCAGAUCAGAGAUGGAUCGAGACCGUUCUCGGUGCUCUGCAUUGACGUCACAAUGACACGGUGAAGCUGAAGGCAGGAGCUGGGAGCAGUUCUUCUGCUUCACUUUUGGUGACUGAGAGAGUUUUCCAGCACUGUGUUCCUUCCAGCAUGGCCAAGAGUGCAGAGGUGAAGUUGGCGAUCUUCGGUCGAGCUGGCGUGGGCAAGUCAGCUCUGGUGGUGCGCUUCCUGACCAAGAGGUUCAUCUGGGAGUACGACCCAACGCUAGAGUCGACAUACCGUCACCAAGCUACCAUUGAUGAUGAAGUGGUUUCCAUGGAGAUACUAGACACAGCUGGCCAGGAGGAUGCCAUUCAGAAGGAAGGACACGUGCGAUGGGGCGAGGGCUUCGUGCUGGUUUACGACAUCACGGACAGAGGCAGCUUCGAGGAAAUGCUGCCGCUCAAGAACUUGCUGGAUGAGGUUAAAAAGCCCAAAAACGUCACCCUGAUCCUGGUGGGGAACAAAGCAGACUUGGAUCACUCCAGGCAAGUCAGCACGGAGGAAGGUGAAAAGCUGGCCACAGAACUUGCUUGUGCUUUUUACGAGUGCUCUGCUUGCACAGGAGAGGGGAACAUCAUGGAGGCCUUCUACGAGCUCUGCCGGGAGGUGCGGCGCCGCAAGAUGGUCCAGGGCAAGACUCGCAGGAGAAGCUCCACCACCCACGUCAAGCAGGCCAUUAAUAAGAUGCUCACCAAAAUCAGCAGCUAAAAAGGAGCUGUGCUGGGGCAGAGGAGCAUUUUAGAGAGUAUUAGCUUGGAGUAGGGAUGGGGCAAGCAGAGCGUGUUUAGUGAGAAAUGGUCAAAUCUUUGCAAUGAGGGGGAAAAAAAGCACCAAAAAGACAAAUGCCACCACUUUUUUCAGUAACACAUACUAUUUUCUUGUUUUGAAAUGUAUUUAGCCACUCUGCUUCUGACUAACGUGGGGGAAAAUAAAACCACCAAGGAAAUAAAAAACAACAAACACCAAAUGAACUCCAAAGGACCAGACAAUUGUGGGGAUUGGCAACCAAGAGAGAAUCUUCUACGUGGCUAGCUCCAAUCCCCUGCAAGUCAGUAGUGCCUAAACAUCAUUUCCAGCCAGCCAGCUGCUCAGUAGCCAUUGGAAAGUAAGAUUCAGCCCUCAGUCCAUCAACAACCAUCACAACUGCUGUUCUCCAGGACUGGAUAUGUGUAGAGGCUGCUGUGCUGAAUCAGAAAGUUCACCUGACACCUUCACCAGCUCUAAGCUGUUGGCUCAUUGUAUGCUUUCACUCCUUCCUUGUUAUGUUUGUCAAAUCCAUGAGUGUUGAUGUUCUCAGCAAGGUAUGCAGAAAAUAGGGGAAAGGUCUAUUUCCUGGAGUGUUUAGUCAGCUAGACACACAUUUCAAGAGAGCUGGAGUUCCAGCUGCUCUGAAACUGCAGAAUUCUCCAGAAAUAAUCAGCUAGUCCAGCAGCAUUUCAGCAUUUCUCCCUCAAAGUACAGUACUGGGGAAGUGGGAGAAGAUGUGUUGGGAAAUCAAACUGAAAAACAGCAAAAAAAAGAAAGAACCAUAUUACUAUUGACUUAGCUAUGAGUAGUUUUUAGCUUUUUUUUUUUUUUUUGGGAGAGGGGGAGGAUCUUUUUUUUCAAUUCAAGUAAUUCCUCAUAGUCUAUCUUAUACAAAGGAAGACCUGAAUCCUUGGGAAGGCAAGUAUUUGAAGUCUAAGCCCAAAUGUAAAUCAGAUCUGAAUGGCCUCUACCAUAUCAAAAGACCAUAAUUUCCAGCUGUUUAAACUUCCAGAUGCUGCUUGGAGCACUCUGGGGCUUAAAGCAGUGCAGGGUUUUUGUGACUUUUAUCUGGAAACCCAUUUUAUCAGAUUUUGGUGCCUGGGUUAAAAGGUGUCCAGUUUUUAUCUUCUCCCUCAUAAGCCAAGUUUUGCCUCCUGUCCAGUUGGUUUUUUAACUGCUAAAAGCUGCAAGAACCAAGAGUGGAAUCUUUUCAUUCAGAUUGUGCUGGUCUCCCACCAGUGGUGCUGCAUCCCUUCAGAAGCACAGCCAGGGGCUGGGAUGACAAAUUAACAGUGCUCUCCUUUGAGGAACAGGGCCCUUGCAGCAUUUGCUUACAGCUUUAUCCUCCACUGCUUUGUACUUCACGUGGUUAUUUGGGAGGAGGUUAACUCCCAAAAGCUGUCAAAUGUUUGCCACAGAAAAAGGAAAGUGAGUAAAGUGAAUAAAUCUAGCUGGCCAGCACUCUGUUGAGUUAUAGGUAGUUCCAUAUAGGUGGUGGAACAGGCUGAAGAGGCAGAUCUGUAUAUCCCUGUGAACAGAAAAAAGUUCCAAAUUAGGACUUCUAUUAAAAUAAUUCACUUGAGGAUACUUUUCCGAAGUAAUUUGUUUUUAAACCUUUCACUUUUACCCAACCAGCAAAGAACAUCACAUUCAGAUGUAUAUUUUAUUUGAGUUGUUUGUUUUCUCUGAUUCUGUAUCCUGGGUGGUAAAAAACUCAUUUCACUGUCCUGGAAUUGGUGUCUAUAUUUUGUCCCUCGUGUUCACAUGUGAUGCUGUACAUCAGCUGGACACACUGCAGGGGAAAUUUCACAGUGUGCUUCUGGUCAGGGGGUCCUUGCAACAGGCCUCUGUGACACACUUGUUCCCAAACUACUCAUCUUAUCAUUAACUUUUUUUAAAAAGAAAAAAAAUACAAAAAAUAAAAAAAAAGGAAAAAAAAGAAAAAUAGAGGAUUUUCCAUUUUUAGUCCUAUUAGAAAUGUAGAAACAAUCCAAGUGUAAAAGAGCAAGCUUGUGCCUGUUCACAAACCAGAUUUCUUUAGCUUUAGGGACUGAACUUGCAAGCAAUUUAGUUACAUUAGGAGCCAGAGUGAGCAUUUGCAAGUUGAAGCAUUAAGGUUCUGUUAUCUUUCAAAUCAGUGCUGGUAUCUGAAGUAAAGAAAAUCCUUACCUGCAAUCCCAAGGCAAUGUAGCCAAGUCUUUACUCUGGUAUGCAAAGCAAUUCAUUCAUCCCUCUUAGAAAAGCUCAGCAGUUCUUUUAUCUGAAAAACCUUUCUUGGGGCUCAGGUUGGAGCUGCAUUUAAAAUACAACAAGGUUAUAAAUGAAUGACAAGAGAAACUAAUUAAUCAUAUUCAUACUAGAAGAGUUGAAAGGAAAGAGGCUGAGUUACGGCCCUCAUACUUUCCAAAAGAUUUCCAGCAAAUUAUAUCUUCUUUUAUAAAGUCUGUGUGGACAAAUUAUAAAAUGCUGGUGAAAAUAAAACGUUCCACUGUGCAAACAUCUCUUGUUACAUAAAGAACCUACAAUAAAAAUAGUAACAAUAGUAACUGAAUUUGAAAACUGCCAAACAAGAUAAAGACUUGUUCAAAAAGGAGGCUGCCAUUUUGUCACCUUUCCUCCAAAACAAACACAAACUUCUUCACUUAAUUGCUCAUUAAUUUUCUUCCCUCAAAGCCAUUUCUGCUGUGCUGCAUUAUAACCUGUUGACAUGCAUUACAUAGCAUGAAAUGCAACUUGAUUUCCUGCUGCUCACCAUGUUGCAACACAUUACUGGAUAUGUUAUAAAUCUGUCCCAAAAUUACCCAAGCAUUGAAAAGGCUGAGUGCAGCAUGAAACCACAUUCAGUAGCCUUUCUGCAGCAGACACCAACAGAUUAAAUUCUGUUUCUCCUGCUGCUAAAUGUGUGUAUGUGACACUAACAUUAAAUUUCUUUCCUCUGCCUGCGACCAUUCCUGCGGAGAGAGGAUGGGAAGGAUGCUAAACAAAAAACUGGGAGUAAAGGUGAAAGGGAUACUUGUUACCUGCAACAAGUUGAUUGUCACUUAUGAAGUUUUUUUAAAUAUUUAUCUUCAAUUGAUGAAGAGUUAGUCAUGCCCGUGCUGCAAGACCUGGAUCAGGACCCAAAACUUCCCUAGAACUUUGAGAAUCUUCAUUAUCUGGGGGUUUGGUGCAACUACAGAUGGAAGAGAGGAUCAGCCACUGGGUUUGCACCUGGAUCCAGACAGGUUGUCCCCAGCCUGGGGAUAGUUGGAUCUGGCAGUUUGCUACAAGGCUAGUUGAUUUUUAUAUAUAUAAUGAUCUGUAUGCAUUUUUACAUUAAAAAUAUGAAAGCUUGUGCUUGUAGAUAAUAUAUAAGGAAAACAAAAUAAAAAUGAAAAAGAAAAUACAGUGUUUUCUGUACUGAACUCUCCCAUAUUGAUCUUCCAUUAGAUGUCUCCGGUGUUCCUUCCUGCUAUCAAGGGGCCAGUUCCAAAAGGCCUUUUUUGGUUUUUAUUUAAUCUUUAUCAAAGAAAAGCAAACAGUGAAUUUUACCAGAAUAAGCACUGUAAAUUUGGGAUGGUUUUAUUUGAAAUUAUUUAGCUGUUAGUCCUGGAACAGAGAAGACAAACAACAUCCAGAGUGAGGCACAGCUCCAAAUGUCCUUGCUAACUAUUUCAAGGCCGAUGAAGGAAGAAGUUACAGGGUUGUUAACUAACCUCAGUGAAACCCACCAAAUGAUGUCCUGCCAACUCAGCAACACAGAUCUCCAUCCCAGACUGCUGAGGUGAAAUCCUGGGCUAAGGAAUCUGGGAGAUUUAUGCUGGUGAUUUGGACAGAGGCAACUUUUCACCUGCUGCCAGCCAUGCCCGUGUUCCAAAGAUAAUGCUCUGCUAAGGUGAAGAGGAGGUGCAUAAAAUGUACCUUAUGAAAAGUGCAUCAUGUGAAUGGUAAAUAAUCAAACUGAGCACGGGUAUCAAGCUGUAGCAGAGGAAGCUCCAGCACUGAAGAGGGGAGCUGUAAUCCACUCUUUUUGCCCCAAACCUGGGCCAAACAAGUAACCCCAAAGCAAGGUGAACAGGAGUGGGGCUGUAAGAAUGCCACAUGUGGCAGAGCACUGCAUGAAAUCUGGGUGCAGAUGCAUGAAACCUCCCAGCUGCAGUCACUGCCUGCCUCUGGAGAACUACAAAGCAGCCUUGAGUUCUGUCAAGCCACACUACAACUUCCUCCAGUCAAAAUAAUGUCUCCUGCAAAGUAGCUGCAGUCAUAAAGGCUAUGUACAAACUGUGUUCAGGGCUCCUUUUAUCUUUUUCCUUAAUGGCUCAAUACAUAUGCAAAUCUUAAGGAGAAAAAGAAAAAAAGGCUUUAAUUAAAAGAGGUUCCUUGGCAUUUU